GCGUUGUACCACUGCAACAACUGCCAGAAGGACAUCAGCAACACUGUGCGCAUAAAGUGCGCUGUGUGCUCCGACUUUGACCUGUGUCUGGAGUGCUUCAGCGUGGGUGUCCAGAUACACCCCCACAGGAAUGACCACGCCUACCGAGUCGUCGACAACCUGUCAUUUCCCCUGUUCCACCCAGACUGGGGGGCGGAUGAGGAGCUGCUGAUACUGGAGGGGGUGGACAUGUUUGGGUUGGGCAACUGGGCGGCAGUGGCGGAGCAUGUGGGCACCAAGGGGGCGGCGGACUGCCAGCAGCACUACACCUCUGUAUAUAUUAACUCCCCCGCCUUCCCCGAGCCAACUCCCCUGGCCAGCAUGGCCAACGUCAACCAGCUGCAGAGUCCAAUGCAACAUGUUUACCGCAGUGCCAGUCAACGAGGAAGAGCCAACGGCCCUCCCAAUGAAUUCCCUCUCAUGCUGUUUGCGCAGGUGGGCCCCAACCAGAGCGAGCUGACGGGCUAUAACGCCAAGCGGCACGAGUUUGAUCCCGAGUUUGACCAGGACGCAGAACUGCUCAUAGCCGAGCUGGAGUUCCAAGAAGAAGACAGUCCGGAGGAGCGCGCUGAGAAGGUUCGGCUGGUGGAGGUGUACAACGCGCGGCUGAGCGGCCGCGAGGAACGGCGCGCGUUCAUCCGCGACCGGGGACUCCUCAACGUCAAGCGUAUGCAGGGAGCGGAGCGGCGGCGGACGGCGUACGAGAGGGAGUUCCACGCGCGGCUGCGGCCUCUGGCGCGGUACCAGCCGCAGCCGGACCACGAGGUCUUCGUUGAAGGCCUGCUGCUCGAAGCCCGCCUGCGCGCACGCCUGCUGGAGCUGAAGGAGAUGCGGCGAGCGGGCGUCCGAACGUUCACGGAGGCGGAAGUGUACGAGGCCGACCGGAAGCGCCGCGCUCUGGAGGAGAGGGGGGCGCGGGGGGACCGCCUGCACGCGCGCCACCCGCUGCGGUCCGACGCCGACGACGCCGCCAUCCUAGCGCAGCUUGCGGCCUGGCGUGCGCGACGCGGCGUUGCCCUCGACAUCACAGCCCUACCUGGCCUGGACGCCCUCUCAGCCAAGGAGAGGGAGCUGUGUGCGAGCGUGCGCAUGCUGCCGGGGCAGUACUUGUCAGUCAAGGCCGCGAUGCUGCGCGAGGCCGCGCGCCGCGACGGCCAGCACCUGCCGCGCUCAGAGGCGCGCACCAUGUUUCGCCUUGAGCCCAGCCGCGCCCUCCGGGUCUACGACCUCCUCGCAGCCGCCGGCUGGCUC